UUGCGUUUUAGAUGUCGAUUGCGAUUGGUUGACAGUUUUGGUACGCAUGUUGAGUUCAACUACAGAUCGUACUUCAAUGCUCAUCAAGCCGAGUUUUCCACGAAAGGUUUUACUGAACGAAUGGAAAAGCAAACAGAACGUAAAAUCUCCUUUUUAGGAACAAAGCAAAAAAAUCCCUGGGGAGGGCAUGGUCUGCAACUUCUACAAUACUGGACAUUCUUCCCGCAUACUCCCGAUAAUGGUUUUCUCGGCUUUGCGAUCCAUGACUCCGAUGUGAAACCUCUAUUUGAGCGUGGCUCACAUGGUGCUACCUCUUUAGUGUAUGGGAAGGAAAAGUAUAUGUGGGAUAAGUGCGAGUCUGUAAUUGGUGUAUUGAAGAAUCUAACUGAGGUCCAUGCUACUGUUGCUGAUAUAAAUGGAACAGAAUCUGAUCUCUUUUCCAAUAUAAGCAAUCACGGCUUUUUGAACUUCACAGGAAUAACCUCUCUUCUGAGAUCAGUGAACUUAUUCGUUGGACUAGGCUUUCCUUUUGAAGGACCUGCCCCAUUGGAAGCUAUUGCUAAUGGCGCUGUCUUUAUCAAUCCGAAGUUUGAUCCUCCGAAGUCUCGACUAAAUACGAUAUUUUUCCGCGAUAAACCGACAAUGAGAGAGUUCACUAGUCAAGCGCCUUACAUCGAGCGUCUCGGCAAACCUUACGUAUACACCGUUGACAUAAACGAUACGGUAGCAUUAGCACAUGCCAUAAGGAGUGCACUUCUCGAAAAACCACGACCAUUUCUUCCCGAGGAAUUCACUCCCGAAGGAAUGCUAAUUAGAGUAAACAUGUUGAUAUCUCGAGAUUUAUGCUCGAAGACGUCUUUCUGGCCCCCGAGCACAUCUCUCCAGCCCAAGGUGGGCGCAAAGGAGGAGUCCUGUGAAAAAGUCUGCGAUUCAGCUGGUCUGAUCUGCGAGCCAUCUUUUUUCCCACUAAUCAACGUUAAUGCCGCAUUGCAAAGGUAA